AACUCAUCUUCAAAAAAGAUGUCCACUGAGUCACAAGAUAAUUCUAGUCAUUCCGAUGAGUCCAUCACUAGUGAGAAGCUUGAAGAUAUGACAUGGGAAGAAAUUAAUGACCCUAUGGAAGCUCAGCUUGAAGCUCGGUUGGAAGCUCAACUUGAAGCGAGAUUGAUGGCUCACCUAGCUGGUUGCUCUAAUCAGCCGGGGGGCUACACAAGGAGGUACAUUAGUAGAGAUCAUGAAGAGGACCACAACAGAUUAUUUGCUAAAUAUUUUUCUGAGAGUCCAUUGUACACAGAUGAUCAGUUUCGGAGGAGAUUUCGCAUGAGAAGGCAUAUUUUUUUGCGCAUUGUACAAGCUCUUGGUGUUUGGUCUCCAUAUUUUCGUCUAAGGCGAGAUGCAUUUGGUAAGGUGGGUCUAUCACCAUUGCAAAAAUGCACCGCUGCCAUGCGAAUGUUGGCAUAUGGUACACCGGCUGAUCUUAUGGAUGAGACCUUUGGGGUUGCAGAAAGUACAGCAAUGGAGUGCAUGAUAAAUUUUGUUCAAGGUGUGCGGCAUUUAUUUGGUGAACAAUAUUUGCGCAGGCCUACCGCAGAGGAUAUUCAACGUUUACUUCAAUUUGGAGAGGCGCAUGGAUUUCCUGGGAUGUUGGGGAGUAUUGACUGCAUGCAUUGGGAAUGGCAAAGUUGUCCAGUUGCAUGGAAGGGCCAAUUCACACGUGGCGACUAUGGAGUACCCACUAUUAUGCUUGAAGCAGUUGCUUCUUUAGAUUUAUGGAUUUGGCAUGCUUUCUUUGGUGCUGCUGGUUCAAACAAUGAUAUUAAUGUGUUGGACCAGUCCCCAUUAUUCACUGAAAUGAUACAAGGAAGAGCACCUCCUGUUCAGUUUACCAUCAAUGGUACACAAUAUAACAUGGGAUACUAUUUAGCUGAUGGAAUUUAUCCGGAGUGGGCUGCAUUUGCCAAAUCAAUCACCAGGCCCCAAAGUGCUAAGCACAAAUUAUAUGCGCAGCGUCAAGAAUCAGCAAGAAAAGAUGUGGAAAGAGCCUUUGGGGUUUUGCAAAAACGUUGGGCCAUCAUACGUCACCCGGCGCGUAUUUGGGAAAGGGAAGAGCUUGCAGAUAUAAUGUAUGCAUGCAUUAUUUUGCACAACAUGAUAGUUGAGGAUGAGAGAGGUUCAUAUGAUAUACCGGAUGACAAUACAUAUGAACAAGGGCAGUAUUCUCCUCAAAUGACAGGGCUUGACCAUGGACCAAUAUAUGGAUUUCAAGAGGUUUUAGAGCAAAACAAGGCUAUCCAUGACCGACAAACACAUCGGCGUCUGAAGGGAGAUUUGAUAGAGCACGUGUGGCAGAAAUUUAGUGGUCAGCAACAAUAAGAUUAGAUUUUAAUAGUUCCAUAUCAACCUUGUAUUUUACUAGUUUGAUUUGUCUUUACCAAUUUAGAAUCUAAAUGUUUGCUUCCAGAAGUACUUGUAUUUGUAUGUCAAAUGUAUUACUUUUUAUCAGAUACGUAUUCUAAUAGGGACUAUGUACACUAGUUA